AUCUAGCUGUAUGUAAAUUACCCACGUACAAAAUAAAAUAAAAAAGGCGUCGUCUUGCUCGUUCUCUCGGAUCACCAACGACAACAAUUAACAAACACAGCACAGAAAAAUCCUCUGCAAAAAAAGAUGGCACAAGGGCUUCUUCUAUGGAGUCCUUGCCAUUUCCAUUCCCAGUCCCUUCGCUUCCUUCCAUUCACAUCCCACAGAACUCCCAGAAACACUCCGCCACUCUCACUGUCCAUCUCUGCGACUCUUGAAUCCGCAAGCGAUACCGCCCAAGAGCUCAGCGCCAGAGAGAGAAGACGUCUCAGAAACGAGAGGAGAGAGAGCAAAGCCGGCACCAACUGGAGGGAGAAAGUGGAGGAGAGGCUUCUGAAGAAGCCCAAGAAGAGAUACGCCUCUUGGACGGAGGAGCUCAACCUCGAUAAACUCGCCAAUCUGGGCACACAGUGGUGGGUCGUCCGGGUUUCUCGGGUCAGGCAACAGGAGAGUGCUGAACUCAUCGCUCGUUUGCUCGCUAGGAACUUUCCUCUCGUCCCCUUUAAGGUGUAUGUUCCUGCUGUCCAGGUGAAGAGAAGAUUGAAAAAUGGCUCUAUUUCAGUGAAACCAAAGUAUCUAUUUCCAGGGAGUGUCUUCUUAAAUUGUGUAAUGAACAAGGAGAUCCAUGACUUCAUAAGAGAGUGCGAUGGAGUUGGAGGAUUUGUUGGUUCCAAGGUUGGAAAUACAAAAAGACAGAUCAACAAGCCUAGGCCAGUAGACGAGAUUGAUAUGGAAGCAAUUUUCAAACAAGCAAAAGAAGAGCAAAAAAAACAUGAAAAAGAGUUUGAGGAAGAGCAAAAACAAGAAGGGACACUCGUCUCUGGAAAGUCCAAUGUGGAGGAGGCUCAGUUGGAUUCCAAUGGUGCUGCAAAUUCUAGUAUGGAUUCGAAACCAAAACGACGAUCUAUAAAGAAUGGCCCCAAGCUUGCUCCAGGUUCUACUGUCCGAGUUGUAUCUGGGACUUUUUCAGAAUUUGAAGGAAGUCUUAAAAAGGUCAAUCGCAAAUUAGGAAAGGCAACCGUGGGAUUUACAAUAUUUGGGAAAGAGAGCUUAGUAGAUCUAGAUCUCAAUGAAAUUAUUGUGGAGACAAAGUGAUGUAAAUAUGUUUCGUUGAAAUCAUUAUUGAUUGGUAAGCACCCUUGCUUUCAUCUCCUUGCUAGAUAUUUCUUGCUUCUUUUUACAUGGAAAUGUGGCGCUUUACAAGUAUUAGCAUGUUUUCUAAUUAAGUAGAUCAAUACCUCAAUAUUAGUAAGGGACUAAAAGUAUAUUCACUAGUUCCUGAUGUAGGUUCUCAUGUGUAUAAGCGGUUGACAAUACAAGCACUUGUGGAGCAUAAAUAUAAA